UGUGCCAACGUCACGUCUUGAAAACAAAAAAACCAGCAGUAAGCCACAAGAGUAUAUAACGGGGAGAGCUUGUAGUGAGCCCCUCUCUCCUCCACCCUCGUCCACCAGUACCAAGUUCCACACUCCGGUACUCACUUGGAUACUCCGGUAGCCGGUUCGACACUCCGGUACUCAGGUCGACACUCCGGUAGCGUCCCUGGUGACAGCAGUUGGUGGUACAGAGGUCGAGGUGCAGGAGCGGACAGCUGUACAACUGUGUCGACAGAUGUUGGUGAUGAACAGGACCAUCAUGGCUCCCCUGGUUGUGUUGCUGGCGCUCUGUCUCCUCUCCACCCCGACACAUGGACGCAGCGAGGAAGAUGCGAGGAUCGUGGCAGCCAGGUCGACCAAAACAGCCAUCUCCUUCACCACCUCCACCACCGUCACGCCCUACACCUGCGCCCUCGUCAUUAACGCAAAGGUCUGCCAGCGCCGUCGCUACAAGCGGUACUCAUCAGUCAACAACUGGGGGCUGGAGAAUGACUAUGAAGAGCUGCACGGCUCAGUGCCGGAGCUGUCGUCGUCAGGGGGCCGGGAGGGCCGCAUCGCCCUCACUAUCUGGAGCACCACCACCUCCGUCUACACCGUCACCACCACCUCCAUCAACAGCUCCACUACCUUCUCCGUCUCCUUCUACUGCACCGUCAACGGCGCCUCCUUCCCGCCCCUGUGCGGCUAGAUCUCACUCCUGCUGCGGGGUUCCUCCCUCAGGAGCCAGCCACGCCGCGGGGAUGGCGCUGUGAACGCCCUCUGUGGUCAGCCUGUGGGAUGAUCAAUGUUAAUUUAUUUGGAAAUCUUUGUCACCGUCUCUUGGAACCACCUGAAAGGUCAUAUAUUGUUGUACAGUAGUUCUUAGGGGUCAUCUAUG